AUGUCGGUUUGCCAAUAUUAUUUACGAGGUAGCUGUCGAUUUGGAGAUCGAUGUCGAUAUCCGCAUGUAAUUAAUAUGUCGGUUUGCCAACAUUAUUUACGAGGUAACUGUCGAUAUGGUGAUCAAUGUCGAUAUCCACAUGUAAAGCCUAAUGUCCCAAAUCCAGCAACAUCUACAAUUCUUAAAUGGAUUAUUGAAAAUUAUGCAGAUAAAAUGAAAGCAUUUGAUAUCUUAGUACAAAUGCAAACUGAAGCGAAAGUAUGGCUUAAAACAAGUCUUUGGCGAUUUACAUCAAGAUCACUUUUUCCUGGUGGACAUCCUUUAAAACAUUGGACGGAUCAUUCAUUUGAAGAAAUGAAAUGGGCACAUCGAUGCAUGAGUAAUACUGGCGAAGAACAUAAAUAUAAAAAAGCAUAUUCCGAUUAUUGGGAAAAUACUCAACGUGAACUUCUUGGUUUAUCAAAACUUCGUAUUGAUACUGUUAAACUGCUUAAAGAACAUAUUGCAGAAUACGUUGCAAGUAAUCAUAAACCAUCGAUAACAUUAUCAAGUGAUAUUGAUAUGAAAGAUGAUAAUCAUAUUACAAUAGCAAAUUCUAAUGUAGAAUUAACAAAUUAUACAGCAGAUGAUCAACUUCUUGCAGAUGAACGUGCUGCUUUUGAAAGUGAUACAUUUGAAUUAGGACAUAUACCUGUUCAUGCUCCUUCACAACAAUUUUGUUAA